ACACACCGCUAUCAGCCGAAGCCCACCUGAGGGUAUAAAAGGGUCGAUUACAGGGAUCUCAGAAGCAGAAAGUUUCAGGUGACCUCAGACAUGCUCAGGUUUCUUCUUUUGACCUCUCUCGCAGCCCUGGUGCUGGCUGAGUUUCAGCCUGAGCCCAGGUUUCUGGAGGAUGAGGAGAGAGUUGUGGGAGGAGAGGUGGCCAGACCAAACUCCUGGCCCUGGCAGAUUUCCCUUCAGUACCAAUCUGGCUCCAGCUUCUACCACACCUGUGGAGGAACCCUGGUCAGACAAGGAUGGGUGAUGACUGCUGCUCACUGUGUGGACAGAACCAUGACUUGGCGUGUUGUUCUUGGAGACCACAACAUCAACUCCCAUGAGGGCAGGGAGCAGUACAUGAGCGUGAGCCGUGUGUACGUCCACCCCAACUGGAACCCCAACAACGUCGCUGCUGGGUACGAUAUUGCUCUGCUGCGUCUGUCUAACAAUGCUGUCCUCAACAACUACGUCCAGCUCGGCAGCCUGCCUCCCACCAACCAGGUUCUGCCCCACAACCACAACUGCUACAUCACCGGAUGGGGACGCACCCAGACUGGUGGUAACUUGUCUGCUCAACUGAAACAAGCCUACCUGCCUGUUGUUGACUACAACACCUGUGCCAGCUCCGGAUGGUGGGGCAGCACUGUAAAGAACACCAUGGUCUGCGCUGGUGGUGGAAGUGAGUCCGGCUGCCAGGGUGACUCUGGUGGCCCUCUCAACUGCAACGUCAAUGGUCAGUGGGUCGUUCAUGGUGUGACCAGCUUUGUGUCUUCCUCUGGCUGCAACGCCUACAGGAAGCCCACCGUCUUCACCCGUGUGUCUGCUUACAUCAGCUGGAUGAACAACAUCAUGGGUUGAGAAGAGAAAUGGUCUCCAUGGAAAUAAAAGAAGACUCUGAAUUCAGUUCUCCGUCCAUCAGAAUAAAGUGUUAUUUACACAAAA